AUGCGGAUUGCUGCACGCCUUCGCGCCAAGUCCGAUUCCUUUGCCAACGUCGAUCAGCACUUCACACCGUACCGCACCAACAACGACAAAAUGGAUGCUUCUUCCGUCGGUGCCCGCGAAGAUGCGGCGACGGCAUCUGUUAGCGUCUCGCGCGAAGCCGGUCGCUGGGCGGAAGCUUUCCAGAAAAACGUUCUGGCCCGCCAGGACGCCACCCUCGCCGAGCCUCAACCGUCACAACGGCCCACACCACACGGCAGCACCACCACCACGACCAAAACAACGACGAUGACGGCCGCCACCUCCACCAUCGUGCACAGCGGCAACGGCAGCAACCACAACCCGUCUCGGUCGCCGUCGCCGUCGGCGCACACCUCACCUACUCCGCAUUCUCUCCCUGGGGUGCGUUCGAAUGAGGGUGGCAGUGAAGCUGCAUGGACAACGCCACCGUGUGGGAUGACACCGACAUCACGCACGGUGGCGGCCGUGGCGGUGCACCCGCCGCUGUCCCGCAGCUCAAAGCGAGCAGCGAUGGCGCCGGCGCCCACUGCGCGGUUUAUUUCAUCGCCCACCCCCUCCUCUGCUAGCUCUCACUCCACCGCAACAACGACGACGACGACAGGAGCAGGGGCAACAGCUGGGAUACCCUUUGCUUCUGGACACCGCCACAGCCUCUCUUCAGAACCGGAGGGUCAGAGCCCGCGCUCGCUGCCUCCGCCCCCGCCGCUGACGGCGCUGCGCCAAGCUUCGAACGGCGACACGGCGUACUCUACCGCCUCUGCCACGGCGACGCCGAACCGCAACACACCUCAGCCACACAAUGCUGCUGCUGUCGUUCCUCCUCAACCUUCACACAUCUACACCACACCGCACGCACGGCUCAACCAAACCGGCAACAAAACCAAAGCGAAGACGCUGUCUCAGUCCCAGCUGCAGAGUCAGCGCGGCGGCACAAACAGCAGCAGCAGCCCUGUGAACUCGGCGGGCGGCCCCCACAUUCCGAGCGCCUACGCCGCCUCGCCUUUCUUUCAACGAGUCAAGGACAUUACCUUUACCACCACCGCAACCUCUCCAGUGGAGCGUGCGUGCGAUAACGGCGCUGCUCACCCCGCCACGCAGGCUCUUGAGGACACUCCGCACGUGAGCACGCGAGAGGAGGCGGAGGACUCUGCGCUGUUGCAAGGAGUGACACCCAUCACGAACGGCGGCGGCAGCUGGCGGCACGACUCGCAGCUGCGCAGUCAACCGCGAGAAACGAUGGAGGCCUCGGCGGCACAGGCAGCGUCUGGUGCGGACUAUUUCAGCAGCCUCGACCACAAACUAUGCGGAGGUGACCCCUACGUGGAUCCGUCUGCAAGCCUGUUGCCGCUGCCUGUGUCCCAGCUCCAGCCCCCACCCUCGAUGUCAAUGCCCCUUCCGAGUGCUGUUGCCGUGUCGCAGGCGAUGCGUGUCUUCACCACCACCGGCAGCAACAGCAGCAGCCCUCACCCCGCCGACGGCGGUGCCGUGGCGUGCUCCUGGGAUGCGGCCGCGCGCUCUGCCUUUGCACCGAAAGCUUCCUCACUGCAGCAGGCGCUGUACUAUCCCCCCGGAUACGCUGCAGAGAGCGGUGCUGCGCCGUGCAUGGGCUUCACCUCGCCCUUUACCCCGCCUGGCGGCGACGUGUCGCGGCUCUCCGCCUCGCCUGGUGGCCUCUCCGGUUCGCACAACGCCACGAUGAACACCACCGCACUGCACCAGAGUGGGAUGACAUCUGCCAUUGCGAUGAUGCCGACGCCGGCGAUGGUGAUGGAGGUCGGUUCUGCCACUAUGGACGGCGCUGGUGCUGCUGCCGCCGCCGCGAGCUACCUGCUGCAGUCCUCACACCCCUCCAAUGGUUCCGGUGGCGUCUCUCCGUACUUCCACAAUGGUGUGCCGAUGGGCGAGGCGGUGCACGGCGGGGCCUCUCCGCCCGGCUUCGCCUCCCAUGCACAGCAGCAGCGGCAGCGGCAAAGCAGCUACCACAGCCACACCGCCUCUCCCUCUCCAACGUGCUCAGCGGUGAUGCAGCGGGGCAGCACUUGCAGCCCUGCGGGCUUUGGACCCGUGCCGACGGUGUCCGGCACCACGACGGCGACCACCACGGCGGCCAUCGCCAGCGGCCUGUCCGGUGUGGCGCUGGAGAGGCAGCUCCUGCACGCCAGCAAGGAGGAGCUGGUGCAGAUUUUGUUGGAGCUCGGCAGCUGCAACCCCGAGGCCUCGCGCUUCAUCGACGCUAAGGCGUUCUUCUUUGCGUUUCGACACGAGCACAGCCGCGAGACGACGCCGGCCGCCGCUGUCGACAAACCCAGUGGCACCCUGCCCAUGAACACAAACAGCUGCAGCGCCGAGAGUAAAGGGGAAGGAGAAGAGCAGCCGCGGCGCAAGAGCGUGUCGGAGGGUGCUGUGAAGGCUCUUCUUGCUGUGACGGCUGGUGAGGGUACCAAAUCCGGCAAUCGAAGCAUCGCCCGCUGCAUCUUUCCUGCAGAGGCUGCCGAAGAUGACGAGGCAGACGGCGAGGGCGAUGACUCCACCAACAAGGUAAGCGGCACAGGCACCCACGCAAUCGAGAGCUUGAAACCCGCUGGAGGAAGCGGCGGCAAUCUUUCAUGGCGCCGCGUACGACCAGAGGAGCGGCCGUUCUGCACCGACGUCCAUCCAUGCCUGCGGUGGUACGGUGCGUGCCGCAACGCGACCAGCUGCGCGUACGCCAGCCUUCCACGCAACCUGUGCCUCAACUGGGUCCGUGGGGCUUGUGUGGCGCGUGCGGAAUGCAGUGGGGUGCAUCGACUGCCCGACCCGUGCCCGCCAGAGCUACAGCGCAUUUAUUUGUUGAACCACGGGCUGCCGCGCUGCGACGCCGGUCACGCACUUCACGCGCUGCCUGUGUCGCCGUCUCCGUCUCCUGCCGUGACACCGCAGACGCAACCAUCGUGGCAGCAUUCGCACGGAGGCGUGGGGGCUCCGGCAGCUGCUGCUGCGGCGGCAGCGAUGCACAACAGCGACGGCAGUGCGUUGCACACGCCGUGUGGCCAGUCAAUCCACAAGGACGCCUUCAUGGGCGGUGGCAGCACCCCGCACCGUCACCACAAGCAGAGUCCGCUGGAGGGGGCCGACAUGAAGACCGGUACGCGGCUCAUCCCGCGGUCUGCGAUGGACGUUCUCAUGGAUGAGGACGAGGCAUACGCCUUCACUGCUGCCGUAUCUCAUAUGCGGGAGUUGCGCCUGAGUGGUGCCGCUUCCCCAACCGGCAGCAGCAGCAGCACCGUGGAGGACAAGACGAGGAGCGGCUCUGUAAACCGCUGCCUUGGGCACGACUUCGACAACGCUGUGUCACCGACGUGUCACACGGCCACCGGCACCGUGACAGCCGGCUUCACAACGGAGGAGAACAACUCUCCUGUCGUGUCGCACCCAGCUAACGCGAUUCAGCAGGCGUGCGUUGACUAUCGCGGUUCUGUGCUGCUGCCCGUCUGUGAAGCGAAGACGCCGCUGCAGGUGAUGCCGCUGCGCUCGGUGGCGGCCGCGGUGAUGCGGGAGCAGGAGGAGGAGGACUACACCGACGCUUCUGCUCCCGCCGCUGGCACUCGCACCCGCGUGCAGUCACCUUCGCUCGUUUAA